AUGAUUUUUUCGUAUCAUUUUCUAUUACUAUUACUCCUCUUCGUAUUUAUCAAUGCAAAUGAACAAUAUCAUAUUGGUAUUAUAAAUCAUAAUAUUCAAUGGUAUAUUCAUUGUCCACAAAAUAACACACGAAUAAUAAAUCCUCCAAUAAAUGAUCAACCAUUAAUACCUUAUCAAUGUCCAUAUCCAUCAUUAUCAAUUGAUAUUUUACCAAUUGAAGUUGAUUUUACAUUUAUUUGUCGUUUACAAUCACGUUUAAUAUGGAUUAUUGUUGAUUUAUAUCAAUAUGAUCUGUGGCCAUGGUCAAUAAAUAUACAACAAUUAAAUAUUUCAAUAAAACUCAAUCAAAACAUUCAAAUAAAAGAUUAUAAACGUGAAACAACGAAUUAUACAAAUCGUUUUAUUAUAAUCAAUGCAUUUUAUAUUCCAUUUGAAUCAUUUGAAAUUUUAUCAAAUGAAAAAAUUGAAAUUUCAAUUAAAAUUAAUCAAUGUUCAUUUUAUAUAACUGAUAAUUCAACAUGGAAUGAUAUCAUUCACAAAAAGUGUAAUUCAUCGGAAUCAAAAACUCUUUAUGUUCAACAUAGUUAUUGUGAUUUUUUUCCAAAUUUAAUACCUACUGAAACACAUCAUGAACUUCAAGUCGAAAUUUUCGAUGAUACAACAACUCAUAUACCUGAUUUUAAUGUUAUUUUAUCGGUUGAUGAACAACGAACAAUUGAAUCAACAACACAUUUUACAGAUUAUCAUUCAGUAUUGGAUGAACAUCAUCGAAAACUUCUAUCAACUUUAGUAAUCAUAAGAAAAAAUUGGAAUUUAUUAAUACAUAUAUUUAUUUUUACAAUUGUUAUUUUAAUUUUAUUAAUCAUAUUUUUUAUAACACAAUCAAAUUAUCGUCGUUGUCUUGGAAUUUAUACAUUUGAUAAAAAUUUUAAAACAAAAGAAAAUUUAAUUUCUAUUCGUCAAUUAGCAUUAGUUGAUGAUUUUGAAGAAAAAUAUUCGAAUAUAACAGAAUGUAUUCUUGAUGUUGAUAAAACUGGUACUAAUCUCUUAUGUCGAUGUAAUUCAAAUAAUUGUACAUUAAAAUGGAAGACAGCUGAAAAUUUAAAUCAAAAAUUUUAUCUUAAACAUAAAUUAAUUAAACAAUAUGAAUAUAAUAAUUGUAUAAUUAUCAUUAUUAUGAUUAUGAAAUAUAAAUGGUAUAAAAAAACAUAUGAAAAAGAUGAUCGAUCAUUUUUAGCAAAUAUAUCAUGUGCAUCAACAAAUAUUUCAAAUACAGAAAUCGAUGAAUUUUUAUCAUCAAAUCCUACUUAUCAAUCAAUAAUAAGUCAUGGUAAAAAUAGUAUUAUCUAUCGUGCAUGGACAACAGAAAAAGAUAAUUUACAACAUGAGAAAAAACUUGUUGCUGUUAAAGUUUAUCAUUCACAACAAUAUAAAAAUAUAUUUGAAAAUGAAGUACAAAUUCUAAGAAUGAUUGAUCAUUCUGCUAUUGUUAAUUUUAUUAGUCAUGGAUGGCAUGAUCUAUGUCCAUAUAUUCUACUUGAAUAUUAUAACCUUGACUCACUUAAUAAUUAUCUUCAUUCACAUAAACUUUCUUGGUCAAUAUGUUAUUCAUUUUUUGCUUCUCUUUUAAAUGCAAUUGAUUAUCUUCAUUAUGAAGAUUUAUUACCAAACGAUUAUUUAACAUCAAAUCGUAUUCGUAAACCAAUUAUUAUUCAUCGUGAUAUAAAAAGUUCUAAUAUUCUUAUUAAAUCAAAUCCAACUCUUAGUUUAUGUUUAAGUGAUUUUGGUUUAGCUAAAAUUCUUCCACCUAUAUUAACACCAAAUGAUUUCAUACAAAUUGGUACAUAUCGAUAUAUGGCACCUGAAUUACUUGAACUUGCUAUAACACAUACAAGUGAUGCUUUAUGUAAAGUUGAUAUGUAUGCAGUUGGACUUGUUUUGUGGGAAAUCGUAACACAAUGUCAAGACUAUUCAUGUUCUAUUGAUUAUCAACUUCCCUAUGCAGAAUAUAUCAAUACGAAUGAAAUGAAUGAAAAUAAAAUUCUGGAUACACUUCAUCGGAUUGUUGUUAACGAAAGAAAAAGACCAAUUAUACAUCGAACAAUAAAUAUGAACUCGAAAAUUUCUGAUGUAUUAACAAUCAUCGAAGAUUGUUGGAAACAUGAACCUGAAUCACGAAUAAAUGCUCGACCAGCGUUGUAUCGUCUACGACAUCUUGAAUAA